AUUCUGGAGAAACUCAGUUGCGUCGCGACGUCGUGGAAAGGACGUGGGUUUGCCAGUCGGCGUCUCAGUGUAUUCAGCACGUGCUUGAAACAUCGCGAGAGUUUUACUUCAGAAAGUCAAAUAGCAAUAAUACUAAAUGACUUGACAUUGAGCAAGGUUUAUCUGGACGUUUCCUAAAACAGGUAUCCUAAGAUGUGGGCUGUGUCUGCUACAAUAGUUUUUACUGGUUUAUUUCUACUAGUUGACUGUGACAAUUGGCAAGAAUGGUGGACUUAUGAUGGAAUAUCUGGUCCAGCCUAUUGGGGCUUAAUGAAUCCACAAUGGAAUAUGUGUUCGAGAGGUAGAAGGCAAAGUCCGGUCAAUGUGGAGCCUGACAAAUUGCUGUUUGACCCAUAUUUACGGCAUAUACAUGUAGAUAAACAGAAAAUUGGCGGUACAUUACAUAAUACAGGGCAGUCACUAGUGUUUCGUGUGGAAAAAGAUUCAAAACCGCAUGUAAACAUCACCGGUGGGCCUUUGGCAUACAGAUAUCAAUUUGAGGAAAUUUAUAUCCACUACGGUACAGACAAUCAACAGGGUUCAGAACAUCAUAUUCAGGGAUACUCUUUCCCUGCCGAGAUCCAAUUUUACGGAUUUAAUAAAGAACUAUACCAUAACAUGUCAGAAGCGCAACAUAAAUCACAAGGAAUCGUUGCCAUCUCACUAAUGGUGCAGAUUGGGGACACGCCAAACGGGGAACUCAGACUGAUCACGAGCGUAUUUAAUAAGGUGCAGUAUAAAGGAGCAUCUACCCCAGUCGAAAGCAUUUCACUACGAGCGCUACUGCCAGAUACAGAUCUUUUUAUGACUUACGAGGGUUCAACAACGCAUCCCGGCUGCUGGGAAACUACGGUGUGGAUCAUCCUUAAUAAACCCAUUUAUAUUACUAAACACGAGUUGUACCAGUUACGAAAGCUAAUGCAGGGCUCGGAGGAGGCUCCAAAAGCUCCACUGGGAAAUAACGCUAGGCCCAUUCAGCCCUUACACCAUAGGACUAUUCGGACGAACAUAAAUUUUAAAAAUGCAGAGAUAAAUCACUGUCCAUCAAUGCACAAAGAAAAGUACUACAGAGGUAGCGAACAAAUGGUCACCAGGACUAAAAGAUUAUCCGUUCCAUUCCAGUAUGCAUUCUUUACAUUAGGAAUUAACUGAGCUGCAAGUAUGCGUACAUUUAUUACGUAGUUUUUAAAUAAACUGAUACUAUUGUAUAGAAUGUUGGCUUCUUUUGUGCAUAAAGCUUUAUUUUCUUAAACAAUUCUUAUAUUAAGUGAAAAGAUCGUUUUUUUAGCUCUUUAUAUAUCUUUGCUGUGUCAUUUUGAUCUGCUUUAUAAUAUAUAUGUUCAUAAAACUAGAGACAUAUAACAAACUUAUAAAAAAUUUAUAACUGCAAUAUAUGUUAAUAAAAGUAUUUAAUUUGUUUCUCAUGAAAAUAAUACAACCUGUGAUAAAAACGAAGGACAAAAAAAUGCCCGGAAACAGAGCGAUCCUAAUAUUAAAAUAUUAUGUCCGGAGAAAAAGGAGAAAAGAACGGGACGAUGGAAAUGCGCCUUUUCUUGCCAGAAGUCGUUUUCGUUUUAAUAUAAAAUACAAAUUUUCCAUGCUACUUCUUUCCAGUUCGUUCACUCUCAAGUAAAAAUUCAUCUCCCUAUUUUAUUGAAAGAUUUAGAUCUUCCGGAUAAUAAUUUUUAUUUAGCGAGAAUUUAUGUAUUUAUGGAAUAUUCGUGAACUUAUUUUUUUUUUCAAAAUCCUAUUUUUUUUUAUCGCUAUUAUAAAUGUCUUUUUUUUUCAAAACUCUAACCUAUUCGACCUUUCUUGAUAUUCGAGAGCAAGAAAGUCUGCAGAGCUCAAAUCUGGUAGACGAGGUAACGUUGCUUAUCAGCCCUUUUAUAUCAUCACGGCGUAAGCGCCAUGUGCUGAACUAUUCUUAGUUCUACGAUUAGCAAUCUCGGAAUAUUUUCCUAUGGGGUUUUUACUAAUAAUUGGUCCAGUAACCCUAAAUUGUUUGAGGAUCACACUACGCUUAACAGAAAAGACAGCAUGUCUGGUAUAAGUAGCUAAGAUUCUAUGAAAGUCAACCGUAUCCUCUCCUAGAAAUCCUAACUCUCUUAGAUCAUAAGAACAUUUUUGAAAUAAUGACCUUCUAGACUUUUAUUGAGAUUUGAAGCCAAGACAUUCUAAAGGUAGUCUUAUCCACAUAUUGAUGGAGGCUCCAAGGGUUCAAUUUACUAUCUAGCUGGUCCAAUACCCCAAGAGAAACACAUUCUAUCUUAAUAAAUCCUUCAAAAGCGUGUUCAUGGUGCGAUGUAAUAAAGCGUAUUCUUGAUGUUAUGAUCAAUAGGCUUUAUAGCAACAGUUGGUACUGGGGCUCUAAAGUCUCUGUAGAUUACUCUACACUUGAACAUCAACGUUGUCUGUCUAAACAUGUGUAAAGCCAUUUAGCUGUCUUGUUUAUUGCAUCUAUGUAGUUACAACGGAGAGCAACAAGCAUGCCUCUACGUUAAUGCAGGCUAAAAAUCCCACUCGUUGCUUCAAGAUCUAUUAUCAUAUGGAAAACGUCAACUUAGUUUUCAGAAAUAAUAUUAUUAAUACAUUUCCUUUGUAAACUUAUAUAAAGACAGAGCAGUCACGUAAAAAGACCAGACUCCUAAUAGCAUCCACAUAUUGAUCUAAGAAUCUAAUUCGCUCUCUAGUGGUUCGGAUUGGAUUGUUCGUGACGUCCGUGGGUAACUUCAACUCUAUAUCUUUAUCAUCUCGAUCGCUCUGCAUCUUUAACAUUCUUACUUUCUUCAUUCUACUGAACUAUUGAAAACGAACCUAAGCCCUUGGGUAGGAUGCUGGGUUAAUUUCCUUCCUUAAUCAAACAACUACUUAGACGUAAAAAAGUAUUUUGCCGGAUGAGUACUAGUGCCAAUUAAAUUAUUUGUAUUGGUUUUACAAGAGAAAAACGAUUGAUUUCUAGAACUAGUAAUCAAGAUUCUUUUUAAUUAUAUUUUUAAACCGUAUAUAUUUAAUUUUAUGCGCAAUGAAGCUAACAUUUGCCUAUGUAAUUAGUAAACUAAAUGUAAAUUUAUAUAACUGUUUUUAUUUACAUUAAGAAAAUUAUCUUUUGUAUGUACUUGAGGUAUAAAGAGGAAAAAUAAUUGAUAGAAAAUGGUAGUUUUAAUUUAAGGAUAAAUGUUAACAAAAUAAAAUGAUUUAGUUUAAUUUAGGAAAUAUAGUGUUUAACUAAAAGAAAAUCCAAAAUAAUAUAAAUGAACUAUUUUUAUUUAUUUUAAUGCGUUUAAAGAAGAGGGCUUUCAUGCAAUACCAGUUCUUAAAAUUAAUAAGUAUUUUUGAAAUAUUAUGCCUUGAAAAUGCCAACUCUAAAUCUUUUUAACAAACUCAUUUUUUAUUUGAAUAACAACAGUGUAUAUUAAAGAGGCUUACAAGAAGAUAUAUCUUGUUAUGCUAGUCCUGUAAGCUUGUGAAUUCAUAUUGGGCAUAGCAUUAACACUAUAAGCAUAUGGUCAAGGGUCUAUUACUACUAGUGCUGUUUCUGGUUUGCUGCUAUACUUUUUUUAGCAGUUAGAAUGAGACGCAUUUAUAAGUGAAUUGGAUUUCGUAAUCUUUAUUAUAAAAAAUGAGUUCAGAAACGAUUCAGAGUAAAAACCGUAAAGUAGGUACAUUAAGUCGUGGAACUAUGGACAGCAUUUUGAUCUUUUUCUGGUAGAUGCGAAGAAACUGAGACUUAUUGAAGAAAUUUAAUUGUUUUGAAGGAAUAUAAGAAGGCUGCAAAGUUAAAGAUAAUCAAGACCUUACCCUGAGAACCACUAUAUAAAUUCUGUUAAUAGUGCCAUGCUAUCACGUGUUAUUGUGCUAAAUGAGUAAUAAUUAUUAGUUUAAAUAUUUUUGUUUGAGUGUUCCAAUUUUUUGAAAGGUUAUCGCUAUAGACCUCUUUCAUGACUGCAUUAAACAUCUUAGACCAAGUCAUAAUUAUGGUUUGCUUGUCUAAUAAAAAAAUGUUCAGCUCAGGAUCCUCAGAUAACGUAAUAAUACACACAGUUUCAUCAGAUUUACCUCAUGACAUAUUUCUGCUUGCAAUUGAAAUAAAGAUAUGCACGAAUAAGAUUCGUGUUAGGCAGGACUAUUUAUAGGGUAAACUUUUUUAAUAAUUAAUGUUAAAAUUACAUAAUAAUAAUUGUUCAAAAUUGAAAUAUUAUUAGUCUAUUUACUUGGAUAUAGUAUAUUUACUUGGAUGUUAAGUACGUUCUUCUCUUCUGAUAGGAGACCUCUCUCCAUAUCUAAGAUAAAUGUUUAAAAAGGUUAAAAACGUCAUUUGAUACUAAGGUGAAUUUAACCAGAACUUUGGAUAAUAAACAGUUUUAUUUAAAUAAACAGUUAUCCCUUUUAUUGGUAUCACUGAUAUGCUGGGCUGGAUGGAUAGGAUUACCAACAUUAUUAUUCUUGCAAGCAGGUUUUAUUAAAUAAGGUGGUUAAAGGAUUGGACAGUAAGAGUAGUUAAAAGUUGAAAUGUUAUCUUUGGAUUAACUGUUGUAUAGCAUGUUGUUUAUUUUUUUUAAUAAUAUGCGAACAACAUUCUUUUGAAUUUCACAAAUCUUCCAAAUCAUGCUUAAGGGAUAAUUCUUUUCUUACGUCUUUUUAUGGAGUUUUCAAGAUUAUAUGAUGAUAUGUUUUUUAUUUUGCAAAUUUUUCAUACUUGGAGCAUGAAAACCCGAUUAUACUACGUAAAUGUAUGUUUUAAUAUACCAAAAAGCGGAUUUUAUAACUUUUUUAAUUUUUACUCUUUAAAUUGUACUCAAACAUGUUUUGAGUUGGGUGUGAAAUGUAUUCAUCUGCAAAAUCUGUACUAGCUUUAAUUAAUUAAUGUUAGGCUUACUAAUAUAACAAGUCAUGUGCUUAAUAUAUGGGAGCAAUGCGAAUGUGUUUACCAACAAUGACAAAGAUUUAAAAAUUACUUAAGAGUAAAGUGAGUUUGUAUUAUAUAUCUUUUCAUGAUUUUAUAAUACCGUAUAUGAUAAUUCCUAAAAGCUGACAGUGAAACAAUAAGCAUUAUUCGAUUGCACACUUAUGUUAAAGUAAAUUCAAUGUAAUAUUUGUCGAUAUUUAUACAGAUAUGGAAAACCGGUCAUAUGCAAUUCAAAAACUUUUAAAUUAAAUGGGAAUAUUCCUAGAGGACAUCGUUGGCUCGUUGAAGUACUAUAAAUAUAGUGUAAACGAAAAGAAUGGAGUGAAACUAAUACAUGUAGCAUUUACCACAUUUAAAAAUUUUAAAUUUUAUUGUAUUUUUUAUGAUUGCUAUGUUAAAACAUAUUUUUUAAGGAUGAUAAAUAACUUUUUUACACCCAAAAUAUUCUAAUUGUCCUAAGCAUCAGCAAAAUGUAAAUAUUAGCAUACUUUUUAAAAAAAAUCUUAAAACUAGAGAGGGUAAAGUUUAGGCGUUUUUUUUUAGCUUUAACUCUCCUUCGCGAAAGUCCUCAUAUAAAAUUGGGGACAAUAUGGGUGCGACCAUCGAUAGUAUAAGACGUUAAAACUAAUCUGAACCUCUUUGCGCAGGUCACUAAAGUGUGCGGUGAAGCUUAGUUAAAUGAAUAAGUAACAGUAAACUCAGAAAUUGGGAAAGGAAUAAGAAGGGGUCUUUUUUUGUGCUACAGACUUUAAAUUGAAAUAAACUCGAAUAAAUUGUAUUAUUGGCUCUUAUUUACCAUGUUUUCAUCAAUUACUCUAAUCUGGUUCUGUACUAAACGCGAAUUGUUUUUUAUGACUUCGACAAAGUGGUCUUAAACAAAUCGCAUGAGGGACGAAUAUUCUAGUCUGGGAAAAGCGGUUGUUCAUAAACCUCAUGGAACUGAAUAUUGUUUAAUAGACAGACCUAUUUUUAUGUAAUUUGUGGGGCCUAAUCUAAAGUAAGCCAUAACAAAAAAUUAAUAAACAGUAUAUAGUGUACAAAUAAAUUGACACAUAAGCACGGAUGUAGAUGAAAUAAUAGUAAUUCUUUAGUUAACCUGAGAUUGCAUGCUAAAAUAUGGGAUGCUCUGGUACCUAACAGUAGUGGGGGACACGGAAGAAAUCUAGAUACCUCAGCGAGUGGGAAUCUGGGUUAGCCAGACCACAUGGAAGUUCUGAAUGUAAGGACAAAACAACAACAUCCAUUAUAAAGUUAUCGGCCUAUUAUUGUAACACGACAUUUUUCACAUCAACAGCAUUCUCCUUUAGGCUUUAACUCUUGUAGGAAUUAUGUCUUAUGAACGCACAAGAAAGAGUUGUUACCCAUAAAGUAAUGGAUUCAUUUGAACCUUAACGAUACAUUGUACGGCCGCAGUUUCAGCAACAGUUUGUUUAAUAUGUAUCAGAAGAUACAUGUUAGCGUGAUUUUCUUGGUCUGUCGGACAUUAUCCUUAGGCCAUAAGUCGAUUCAUGUUAAAAUUAAAUUAUUAUGGUUUAAAUUCAUGUGCGACCAUCGAUAGUAUAAGACGUUAAAACUAAUCUGAACCUCUUUGCGCAGGUCACUAAAGUGUGCGGUGAAGCUUAGUUAAAUGGAUAAGUAACAGUAAACUCAGGAAUUGGGAAAGGAAUAAGAAGGGGUCUUUUUUUGCGCUACAGACUUUAAAUUGAAAUAAACUCGAAUAAAUUGUAUUAUUGGCUCUUAUUUACCAUGUUUUCAUCAAUUACUCUAAUCUGGUUCUGUACUAAACGCUAAUUGUUUUUUAUGACUUCGACAAAGUGGUCUUAACCAAAUCGCAUGAGGGACGAAUAUUCUAGUCUGGGAAAAGCGGUUGUUCAUAAACCUCAUGGAACUGAAUAUUGUUUAAUAGACAGACCUAUUUUUAUGUAAUUUGUGGGGCCUAAUCUAAAGUAAGCCAUAACAAAAAAUUAAUAAACAGUAUAUAGUGUACAAAUAAAUUGACACAUAAGCACGGAUGUAGAUGAAAUAAUAGUAAUUCUUUAGUUAACCUGAGAUUGCAUGCUAAAAUAUGGGAUGCUCUGGUACCUAACAGUAGUGGGGGACACGGAAGAAAUCUAGAUACCUCAGCGAGUGGGAAUCUGGGUUAGCCAGACCACAUGGAAGUUCUGAAUGUAAGGACAAAACAACAACAUCCAUUAUAAAGUUAUCGGCCUAUUAUUGUAACACGACAUUUUUCACAUCAACAGCAUUCUCCUUUAGGCUUUAACUCUUGUAGGAAUUAUGUCUUAUGAACGCACAAGAAAGAGUUGUUACCCAUAAAGUAAUGGAUUCAUUUGAACCUUAACGAUACAUUGUACGGCCGCAGUUUCAGCAACAGUUUGUUUAAUAUGUAUCAGAAGAUACAUGUUAGCGUGAUUCUCUUGGUCUGUCGGACAUUAUCCUUGGGCCAUAAGUCGAUUCAUGUUAAAAUUAAAUUAUUAUUGUUUAAAUUCAUGUGCGACCAUCGAUAGUAUAAGACGUUAAAACUAAUCUGAACCUCUUUGCGCAGGUCACUAAAGUGUGCGGUGAAGCUUAGUUAAAUGGAUAAGUAACAGUAAACUCAGGAAUUGAGAAAGGAAUAAGAAGGGGUCUUUUUUUGCGCUACAGACUUUAAAUUGAAAUAAACUCGAAUAAAUUAUAUUAUUGGCUCUUAUUUACCAUGUUUUCAUCAAUUACUCUAAUCUGGUUCUGUACUAAACGCUAAUUGUUUUUUAUGACUUCGACAAAGUGGUCUUAACCAAAUCGCAUGAGGGACGAAUAUUCUAGUCUGGGAAAAGCGGUUGUUCAUAAACCUCAUGGAACUGAAUAUUGUUUAAUAGACAGACCUAUUUUUAUGUAAUUUGUGGGGCCUAAUCUAAAGUAAGCCAAAACAAAAAAUUAAUAAACAGUAUAUAGUGUACAAAUAAAUUGACACAUAAGCACGGUUGUAGAUGAAAUAAUAGUAAUUCUUUAGUUAACCUGAGAUUGCAUGCUAAAAUAUGGGAUGCUCUGGUACCUAACAGUAGUGGGGGACACGGAAGAAAUCUAGAUACCUCAGCGAGUGGGAAUCUGCGUUAGCCAGACCACAUGGAAGUUCUGAAUGUAAGGACAAAACAACAACAUCCAUUAUAAAAUUAUCGGCCUAUUAUUGUAACACGACAUUUUUCACAUCAACAGCAUUCUCCUUUAGGCUUUAACUCUUGUAGCAAUUAUGUCUUAUGAACGCACAAGAAAGAGUUUUUACCCAUAAAGUAAUGGAUUCAUUUGAACCUUAACGAUACAUUGUACGGCCGGAAUUUCAGCAACAGUUUGUUUAAUAUGUAUCAGAAGAUACAUGUUAGCGUGAUUUUCUUGGUCUGUCGGACAUUAUCCUUAGGCCAUAAGUCGAUUCAUGUUAAAAUAACUUCACACAACAUCAACAGAGCUUUCAGCUAUAAACAUGAUUGCUAACAUUUAUACCUCUUUUAUUCUAAAUUAUUUAAACACGAAAAAUCAGUUAACCUAUAUUUUAACUGUAUAUUAACUGGAUUCAUAAGCAGUUAUUCCAUCAGUCGAUUGCAUGCGAUGAGCUGUAAAGGGGAUAUGAUCAGCUUUAGUGUCGACUACAGAUGAUCGGCCCUAGAUAACGGGCAGUAUCUUGAUGGUCCAUAAAACUAAAAUAUCGGAUUUACUCUACUUUACUCUCUCUAAUAAAAAUAUACAAUGUAUAAAAUUGGCAGCAAUAAAUGGUUAUUACAAUUUUAUAAUUAUUGAUUAUUGGAUAGUACAUAUUGUAAAUAAAAUAUAAAAAUAGCCCAAUAUUGCCGCUUGUAAGUUGAAAUUUAAUAUUCUUAUAUAAAUAUAUAAGUAAAUAAUAUGUCAUAAAUUAGUUGGUUAUACCCACAACAUAAUAUUAAAGCGGUUAAUCUUAUUUAAUCAAAAAAUUCUGAAAUAUGAUAUUAUUAAUAAUAUAUAGCAGUAACUUGAUAGAAUAAAGAAAGAAGAACAAAAUCUGAUUUUGUAUUAAUAUAAAUAUAUCUACCGUAGCUUUCAGUGGAAAUUUAGUUAUAUUUGCAUUACAUCAAUCAAGGUUUGCAAGUUAUACCUCCUGUCUUAUUUCAUUUAUUAUUAUUCUCUGCAAACUAGAAUUCCAUUCUUCAAACUUCAACCAGCUAUUGAAAAAGAUUAGACUUUGCAUCUAUCGCUUUCUUCCAUAUUUAUUUUUAUUGUUAUUUGCUUAGAAACUUAAGUGAUUUAUUUUGGUUUCCACAUAAUUAAAGAUUAUUUUAGCACAUAUGAACUAAGGAAUGUUUAGUGUCCUAUAGUGUCCCUUUUGAAAAGUCGUAACAUACUUGUAGCACUUGCUGUGAUUUCAAAUGUCAAAAAAAGUUCAUUCCAGAAAUUUACUCUACGAAAAAAUUCACUUACACUCACUUAUUAUUGUUGAUAAGGUAUGACACUAUCCAAUUAACCGAUUUGCUUCAUUAAUAAAUUUCUGAAGGAUUUUUCUUUCAUACACUGGAAGAUUGAUGGCUGCAAAUUUUCAUUGAGAAAACGGAUGCUGAUGUGAAAAAUUAGCUCUUUGAUUUCACAACAAGUCUUUAUUUAUUCCACUAUCUUAAGAUUAUCCCUUAGAUUGGUAUAUAAAGCAGGAAGUGUUACACACUUUGGUAUAAGCGUUGGAGUCUCCUAUAAGGAUUCUGUGGGAACAACUGUAAGGAGGAUUAGAGAGUAGGUGACUGUUUAUUCUUCUGCAUUUACUUGAUCAGACUCAAAAGUUCUAGAAGAACAAAACUGUUAUUCUUUUUCGAAAUAAUGUUAGCUUCCAUAAAAGAAUCAAUGAAGUGUUUGACUAUCUUUCAAUUCGAGGUUGAAAAAAAAUUAAUUACUAACUUUCGCUCUAGGUAGUAGCAGGACUUAUGAAACCGAUAACUUAUAUCGGUUUCAUAAGCCCUGCGAUAACGAUAUAAUAAUAUAAAAUGGAACAAAUUAUUUGAUAAUUAUUUUUUGUAAUGAUUGUAUUCUAGUUAAGAUUUUUAAAUGCAUUUUUCUACGAUAUUAAAAGUAUUUCAACGCAUUAAAUAUUAUGAUGUGGGUGUUUACUGUUAGAAAAUGGUGAGAGCUAUGGUAGCCUUAAAAAAGUUACAAAUAUUUUAGUCGUCAAUUGUAUGCUUUUUAGAGAGGUUAUAUGUAUAUUGCCAAAAUGUAAUAUAUACGAUUCUAUAAAUAA